AUGGUGUCAUGGAGAAGGUUACCAGGUCUCUUUCCAACAGUGUUGUUUUUUGUAUCCACAGCGAAUAUCUUCCUUGUGUUUUAUGUGAAGAAUGUAAUACAAGAACUGAAAAAUGAAAGCCACGGAUACUUAGCGGUUCACCCCCAAUCUUUCAGCCAAGAAAAUGCAGUAAUUGAGCGGCUGGACCAUUUGGAGAUGUAUAUUCACAACAUCUCAAAUUCCAUGAAAAAGCCCUCUCAUAAUGAAAGAAUGAAAAAGAAAGAAGAUGACAUAAAGCUGCCAGAGGAGUCAAAGGGUGAAAUGCACCAGGCUGAGAAAGCAAAGGAGGAAGACAAAAUGGAAAAGAAGGUUGUGCACAGAAAGCUGUUUCCAGAUUCACAUCUGUUCAAGCGCUGGGGUGCAGAUUUAACAGAAGAGCAACAAACCACAGCCCAGGAUCUAUUCACUAAAUAUGGGUAUAAUGUUUAUCUCAGUGACCGUCUGCCCCUGGAUCGGCCUAUUCCAGACACCAGAUAUCCCAGCUGUAAAGUGAAAAAAUAUCCCCACAACCUCCCAACACUUAGUGUCGUUCUUAUAUUCAUGAAUGAGGCAAUGUCGAUCAUCUUACGUGCAAUUACCAGUAUAAUUAACCGAACGCCUUCUCAUUUGCUGAAAGAAAUUGUCCUGGUAGAUGAUUACAGCUCAAAUGAGGAUCUAAAAGGACAUUUGGAUGAACAGAUAAAAAAUUACAAUGCAAAACACCCUGGAUUGCUAAAAAUUGUGAGGCAUCAGAAGAGAGAAGGCCUAACACAAGCUCGGAUUUCCGGCUGGGAAGUGUCUACUGCCGAUGUUGUCGCAAUCUUGGAUGCCCAUAUUGAAGUGAAUGUUGGCUGGGCUGAACCUAUUCUGUCUCGAAUCAAGGAAGAUCGCACUGUUAUAAUAUCACCGGUAUUUGACAAUGUUCGCUUUGAUGACUUUAAACUUCUUGAGUAUUCGGUGGCUGCAGAUGGAUUUGACUGGGCACUAUGGUGCCUCUAUGAACCAUUACCAAAAGAAUGGUAUGCGCUCAAAGAUGAAACGGCUCCAGUCCGGAGUCCUUCUAUUAUGGGGAUACUUGCUGCACAUAGAGUGUUUUUGGGUGAGAUUGGGGUACUGGAUGGCGGAAUGCAUAUAUACGGAGGGGAGAAUGUGGAACUUGGCCUACGGGUUUGGCAGUGUGGGGGUCAGAUAGAAGUCUUGCCCUGUUCAAGAGUUGCUCACCUGGAAAGAGCGCACAAACCCUACGUGCUGGACUUGAGCAUUGUUAUGAGACGCAAUGCCCUGAGAGUGGCCGAAGUGUGGAUGGACGACUAUAAAUACAUGGUUUAUUUCGCAUGGAAUCUUCCUAUUGAGAAUCCUGGAAUAGACUAUGGAGAUGUUUCUUCCAGAAAGGAGCUAAGAAAGAAACUGAACUGUAAAAGCUUUGACUGGUACAUAAAGAACAUUUAUCCUAACUUAAUACCUUUGACCACCAUUGUUGGCUACGGAACAAUGAAAAACACUCUGAAUGAGAACAUCUGCAUAGAUCAAGGCCCUGUCCCUGGAAACACUCCAAUAAUGUAUGGCUGUCAUGUUUACUCACCACAGCACUUGUUUUAUCUCAGCACUGGAGAAAUAUAUAUAGGAGGCCUACGAUCUCGACAGAACACAGUAGAUCGGUGCCUAACUGAUCCUGGCACAGGAGACCUGCCAUUUAUAGAGCAAUGUAAUGAGGCUGUGAAAAAGGGACUGAACAUGCAUUGGGAUUUUAAUCAGGGCUCAUCCAUGAUGAACAAGAAAACUAAGAGAUGCCUCGAAAUUGUAAAGGACAAUCCGUCUUCGCCUUACAGACUUGUAAUGCGGAACUGCACUGGACAAAAAUGGAAUGUUCAACACACAGUUAAGGAUUGGGGCAAGAGAAGUGCUCUGAGAUAGCUUAUUUAUCUCAACCAACAGAUGACUUGGCAUUGACUCUGGGAAGUGGGAAAAUUGGGAUCACCAGGAAAACAUAUCUUCAGAAGUUUCCAAAGAGGAGCAAGACUUCUGUUGCUAGGACAUUACACAAUGGAGAUUAUCUCAGGGGACAGCAGAGGAAGAUGCACAUGCAACACGAACAAGAGCUCUCCCUGCCAUUGGCCAGAACAGCCCACACAGUGCCAGAGAAAUACACGACUACAUCAUCAAAUGACGGUGUCACCUGAAACAGCAAGUAUUCCUUGCUUAGAAACCAGUGACAGUCUUGCUUCUUAGCCACAGGUCACGUGAAGCAGGGCAGAGCCAGCAUUGCAGAGGCAACAUAAAAAGCAUUGCCCUGGCUGUGGGCAGGAUCCCAGGGGAGAGCCAGGCACUUCAGAAAGAUUUGCAUGUGUGUCUUUGGUCAUGAGAUAAAAAACAAUCCUGAAAUCUGCUCCAAGCAAGUGAACCUUUAUGCUGGUAUGGAAUCUCAUUGAACAUGGGCUUGGAAGCCGGUUUUGUCUCACCUCUGAGUUCUCCUGCACUGCCUUCUCCUUUGUUGAUUAUGUGAUACUCAUGCUGUGACUGGUCCAUGAGCUACAUCCAGCUGUUGUCUCAUGUCCAUUUCAACACAGAUGCCAGGGAAGAGAUUACCAGAACUAUGAAAGCCUCCUCUUGCAAGUGACACCAUCCAGUGCUGAUGGCAGAGAAGGAAUCAGCUGUAGCCAUAUGGGUCUGGAUUCAGCACUGAGACUGGUACAAAUUGGGAGUAACUUCACUGAAACCAAUGGAAAUCUCUCUGCAAGGUAAAAACAUCCUUCACACUGCUACUCACCAGCUGUCUGCAGCACUGGCUGGACAAAUAGAGAAGAUGGGGCAAAUCGUCCUGCUCCUCUGGGGCAUGAUUAUGGUGUGUUUAUAUGAUGAGCCAAAUUCUGAUCCUCCCCCAGGUGGGGAACUGUACCUUUAAGAGACUCUGACAUGAGCCAGACAUGGAGGACCUUGUGAACAGUAGAAUUGGCAGCAUCGUUACAGUGGUCUCAUGGUCUCAGCUGAGCUAUCAUGUGCCCCCACCCCGCAUCUCCUUAUUCCAUUUGUGAUGGGUUGGAUCACAGAAACUCCCUGAGGACUGCCAACUGA